AUGACGGGAUUGAAAAGAUUACCGCCACCACCAACAAUUACGACUAUAACUCCAUCGAUUAAUACUGAACAUAUAGAAACAGUAAUCGAAACAAAAUCAAAUUCAAUUGAUCCAAAUAUUCUUGCAGCUGUAUUAGGUGGUAUAGCACUUGCUAUCUUUUCUGUAAAUAUCAUUAUUUGUUAUAUAUGUAAAAGGUAUAGAAUGUAA